AUGGCAAAUAGGGGGAAGAAAGAUACUACUCCCCCACCCCUGCUGCUUAUGUCGGCUGGAGGUGGUCUUACAUAUAAUCCUCCCGAUAAUCCGAAUGUAUUUAUGCCAGUUAUUCAGCAAGAAGCACCUUUAUUAGUGACUGAUGAAGAAGGAGAAGCUGAUAGUUUUGUUGGGCAAUCAUCAAGUCCAGCACAAUUACCUGCAUCGCAAUCUACUGGUGGUACCUUCAAUAUGUUUCAACCAACUAACAGUACCAGUGCUGAUCUCUUUGGUGGAUCCUCAACAGCAUCUGAUCCAUUUGCUCAAGUAGGACAUAAUCCAAGACCUCCCACGGUGGAUAAUGUAGCUCAACCAUUUCCGGGUACUCAAACCUUUGGAAUAAGUAAUAGUCAACCAAGUUUUCCAUCGGCUGGAGGAGGAACUCAACAAAGCUUUCCUAUGGGAGGAGGCCCUCCUGUUUCAACUUUUACACCAAAUCCAUCACCAUUUCAUCCUAGUCAAUCUUCAACGCAACCUUCUGGUCUUCCACCAACCAUGUCUGGCUUGCCACCAUCAAACACAGGGACUCCAGUAAGUGGUAAUAUCUUCAGGCAACAAGGACGACCAACUUAUGCUCCUCCCCCUCAGGGUUCUUAUGCUCCUACCCCUCAGGGUACCUAUGCUCCAUCUCCUGGAACAGCUGCCAGUCAUUUUCCACCAAAUACUGGUUCACCAUUUGCUCCUCCCUUAGCUCAGUCCUCGCCACGCCCACCAACAGCAAUGGUGACACCAAUGGCUCCUCAACACCAAUCAGAUGCCUACAAUAUGUCAAGCAGGAGUUCUGCUCCGCCCACAACUAGCAGCUUCCUUUAUCAACCUGUACAGCAUCAUUGGUGUUUUUCUACUAUCAUCGAAAAGAGACAGAUUUGGAAACCAUUUUCUAUUCGAGAUUCAUUAAAGCUGGAGGAGGCUUAUAACACAGUGCUAAUAAAUAAUCCAGAGAACACCAUUGUCUCAACUGAUGGUGGAAGGUAUGAUUGUAAUGUUGGUAAGAGAGAGAGAUAUGCUAUCUAUUGGGAUGAAGAUGCGAAGCAAGUCCAGAGAUGUUCCUGGUUUCACAAGAGAGAAGGAGACAAUAGAUAUGUUCCAUAUGAUGAAGAAUUUGCUCAAAAAUUAGAGGAAGAAUAUAAGAACGCUGUAGAAAAUAACAUGUGGCAUAAAAGAUUGGAAUUUCCUGGUGGAGAAACUAUUGUGAUGCACAACCCUAAUGUCAUAGUUCAUUUCCAAGCUUCUUCACAGCCUGAUGAAUGGGGAACUGUUCAGGUGGGAGAUCAGAUGAGACCUAAAGUAGUAAAGAGAGGUGAAACAAAUCAAGUAGAUCAUCUUGUAUUUAUUGUACAUGGUAUUGGUGAUUUUUGUGAUGUUAAAUUUAGAAGUAUAGUGGAAGGUGGAUCUUCCAUAUUAUUUGAUCUAUUGUUACAUCAAAUUAACCCUGAUGCUCAACAACAAGAAAUGUCCCCUCCCCCUUCAACAGACUUACCAGAUAAUAGUACCAACUUGAUAUCAGAGGAAGAAAAUAAGGUUGGUGAAACAAAUCAAGUAGAUCAUCUUGUAUUUAUUGUACAUGGUAUUGGUGAUUUUUGUGAUGUUAAAUUUAGAAGUAUAGUGGAAGGUGUUGAUGAUUUCCGGUCUAUAUCUCACAGUCUAUUAGACAGUCAUUAUAAACCAUAUAAAGAAAAUGGUCGUAUUAGCCGAGUGGAAUAUCUACCUGUACAUUGGCAUAUGGCCUUACAUUCUGAUGCUACUGGUAUAGAUGAACGAUUGAAAGCUAUCACUCUACCUAGUACUGCUAAAUUACGUCAAUUUGUUAAUGAUACACUGUUAGAUAUAUUGUUUUAUACUAGUCCUGCUUAUUGUCAGUUAAUAGCUGAAACAGUUGGUAAUGAAAUCAAUCGAAUUUAUAAUUUAUUUUUGUCCAGACAUCCUACCUUUAAUGGCUCAGUAUCUGUUGCUGGACAUAGUUUAGGAUCUUCCAUAUUAUUUGAUCUAUUGUUACAUCAAAUUAACCCUGAUGCUCAACAACAAGAAAUGUCCCCUCCCCCUUCAACAGACUUACCAGAUAAUAGUACCAACUUGAUAUCAGAGGAAGAAAAUAAGAGUAAAGAUGCUGAAGAAGAAGAAGAUGAUGAUUUAAGUUUAGAAGAUUUAUUAGAAAGAGUUGGUUUACAAGAUAAAAUACAAGUCUUCCAACAGGAACAAAUAGACAUGGAAUCUCUGAUAAUGUGUAGUGAACAAGACUUAAAAGAUCUAGGCUUACCAAUGGGACCUCGUAAGAAAUUACAAGGUUUAUUAUUGGAAGAACAACAGAGAAAGGCAAGAAAACAAGCAGAAAUUGCUCAAAAAGUAGAAUCAGAAAAUAGAUUAAGAGAGCAGCAAUUAAAAAUGAUGGCUGAAGCUGGGCUCAGUCAGCAUCAAAAUGCUUUAAAAGGACAAGACCACAGUGCAGUGGAAUAUACACAUGGAUUGGCUGGUACAGGACAACCUUUUGUACAGUAUCCACAACUACAGUUUUCACCAUCAGCUCUGUUUGCCCUGGGGUCACCUAUUGGUGUCUUUCUGUCUGUUAGAGGUGUAGAACAAAUGGGAGAAGAAUUCAAAUUACCAACUUGUCCUAGAUUUUAUAAUAUCUUUCAUCCUUUUGAUCCUGUAGCAUAUCGUCUGGAACCGUUAGUUAAUCCUGCAGCUAGUGUCAUUAAACCUUUUUUAUUACCUCAUCAUAAAGGUAGAAAACGACUCCAUUUAGAAUUAAAAGAAAGUUUGUCACGUGUGGGCGCCGAUUUAAAAAAUAAGUUUAUGGAAUCUCUAAAGAGUACUUGGCAUUCUAUUCAAGAUUUUGCUCUAGCUCAUCGUGGCAGUACUGAAUCUUUAGAGGCAGAAGUUAAUCAACAAGUAUCUAGUGCUAUGGAAGAAUUACAAAUUAGUGAUUCAGAUAAAGAUGAAACAGGAUCUGUUUGUUCUAACCAAGAUAGUGAUGUCAGUAUGGGACAGUUAAAUGAAGGAAGAAGAAUAGAUUAUGUCUUACAGGAAAAACCAAUAGAAAGCUUUAAUGAUUAUUUAUUUGCUUUGGCUAGUCAUGGUUGUUAUUGGGGAUCAGAAGAUACAGUAUUAAUGGUGCUAAAAGAGAUUUAUAUGCCAUUCGGCAUUACACCACAGAUGCCUGGACCAGAAGGGGUUCAUAAAAGAGCGGGAACUCAACCCCCACCCAUGUACACACCCCCUAGAUAUCAACCCCCUCCCCAUACAAGUACAUCUGAGCAACAGUUUACUCAAUAUAAGCCUCCACCUGUCCCAACCAUGGUACCACCACCAAUGGGACAACAAGGAUAUGGUAUGCCUCCUAGUGGCAUGCCUCCUAGCAGUAUGUCAUCAACCAGUGCUUAUGGUGGUUUAGGACCAUCAACAUCUCAAGGACCUCCUCCUGCCUUGUCAGCUAAUGCUCCACCACCAAUGGCUGGUUUUGUACGAAAAUAGAAUCCUAUUGACUUCAUCAUUUUAUUUUGUCAGUGGGUUUUGAAGGUGCUGGUAAACUAGUGGAUUGAUCUAGUUAUUACAAUUUUAAUUUUCACAACUUCUUUGAAAUGAGAAGCCAUGGCAAGCUUCCAUGGUUACAUUGAUCUAGUCAUGUGGAAACAUGGCUUUUUUAUCUCUAAUUUAGAGAGUAGUAAUCUGUGGAAAAGGAACCAAACCAGUGAAAAAUCCUACUGAAAUUGCACUUGAAUUCUUUAAAAUGAAGCAAGAUUUCUUGUUUAUGAAGCCUGGAAGGACACAGUAUAGUCAAACAUUUGUGCACAUACAGGCUACAUUAGUCCCAGUGAUUUUAAUAACCAUUUAAUCUUCUCUGUUCUCGUAUAUGUUAUGCAACAACCUUGAAUGUGCAUAGAUAUCCUUGAUUAUGCAUAUACCAAAAUAUUGCAAUUUGGCUUAAAAGAACUAUAGAUGUAAAUAUAAUUAUAAUAUAUUCCUUCAUUGAAAGAUAUAUAUAUCUAAACUUAUUGUAAAUUUCAUUAUGUAUAUGGUGUAUUUAUUACUAAGAAUUCUUAUUUGGGUAUGGUGUAUUAAGGAUGGAAAUCAGGAUUGAUUUUUGUGUGUUUGUGUUAUGCCAAUGUGUUUAAGUUUUUCAACUAGACCUGCUGAAUAAUAUUUACAGAAAAGAGAUUUUUCCUAUUACCACUUUCUGCAAAGCCAGUAGCGAUGUGCACUAUAUUCAAAUUUUCAAAAUUACACUGUAUUGUAAUCAGUCAAUGAAUUCCCAGCCUGAAUGGUUCUCAUUAUGUACCAUCACAAAUGGAUGUAGAGUAAAGAAGAACAGUUCAUUUAUUUAGAGGUAAUUUAAAUACAGAAGUUGUAUAGUUUUUAGUUCAAUAUACUAUUUUUGCAACAAAAAAUACUGUUUUUGUUUGGAUUUUAAACAAAUAUCUUUGCUUUUCUUGGAUAACAUUAACAGAAGUAAAUUGCUAUUGAUGAAUAACAAAUGCAAACGUACAAAAUCUCGCCUGUCACUAUAUUGUGUGUUACAUAAUAACAUCAACAUGUAAUUGUAUCAUGUAAUUAUUAAUACAUUAUUUUGGGGUUUGAUGAUGUCAAGUUGAAAACUGUAGCUUACCUAAGCUUGGUGAUUCUUUGAACUGAAAACUGUUCCUCUUUUAAAUGAUAAUUUUUUAUCCUGUGUGUUAUGAGUUAACAUUUAUCAUUUGAUUACCCUUCUUUUACUCAUAUUAUUAUAAAUAUUCAUUAUGUACAUAGUAGAAAUCAUUAAUAUAUUAUACAGAUACACUA